AUGGAGCUGGAAGCGCUGCGCUCCAUCUACGAGGGAGACCUGUGCUUCAGGGAGCUGAGCCCCGUGUCCUUCCAGUACCGGAUAGGUGAAAGUGGAGAUCCCAAAGCCUUUCUAAUAGAAGUUUCUUGGCCAGAAACAUAUCCACAAACAGCACCAGUCAUAUCCAUGGAUGCUUUCUUCAACAACACAAUAUCUUCAGCUAUUAAAAAAAGCAUAUUGGAUAAGUUAAUGGUAGAAGUUGAAGCAAACCUUGGGACUGCUAUGACAUACACGCUUUUUGAAUAUGCCAAAGAUAAUAAAGAGUUGUUCAUGGAAAAUCAGCCUGUCAACACUGUGACUUCAGUAAGCAAUAGUGUUGCAAUUGGAACUCCUGAUGUGCCAGCAAGUAAGAAGAAAGAUAAAAAAGAGCACUUAUCCAAAACCCAGAAAAGAAAACUAGCUGAUAAAACAGAUAACAAAGGGGAGCUUCCACGAGGAUGGAACUGGGUGGAUGUAAUUAAGCAUUUAAGCAAAACUGGUUCUAAAGAUGAUGAAUAAAGGACUUUGGUACAAGGAAACUCCACCUUUUAUUACAGUGCAAUUUUGGGUCACCUUCUUUCUCUUAAAAACUUUCGUAUUUGUUGAAGUAAACAUUUUAUAAAGCUCAAUUUCCUAACUCUCAAACCUAGUCACACAAGUUUAUCUAGAGGCUAUGUGGUCUUCUUUGGAAAACAAAAAAAACAAACAAACUUGCCUUAAAUGAAGGUUAGAAUGUGACAAAGGAUAUAGAGAGCCAGUGUGGUGAAGUGAAUAGUGCUAUAUGCAGUGUUUAUUAAUUUAUAUUUUACUCUGUAGUAAAAUCCUGUUAUAGUGAACCCAAUGAUACUGUGUUUCCUGAUGUUCUUAUUCCAAUUGAAAAAAAAAGCACUAUAACAGUGAUUCGUCACUUGACAGCAUAAUUCAUCAAAAUAAAUUAUUCCGUGGAAACAAGACCUUUGUCAUUUGUUUCUCUAAUAUGAAUGUAGAAGGAGAACAUGAAAGUUGUUAACAGUGCAAUGCAGACGGGUCCUGUUUUCACUGGUUACUGGCUGAAGUACUAAAUACUAGCACAAGCAAGGCCAGAUGUUCUAGUUUGCUCAAAAAUGAGUGGUUACAGCAGGAGUAAGUCUUUAUUGUCUGCGGUAUCCAUCUGUUAGUCUUUCUCCAGUGUGAAUCUUUACAGA